GAUGGAGUAUGUCAUACGUCGUGGUAGGGCCAAUCACGUUCAGUUGUGUGCACUCAUCUUCACCUCCAGCUACUUCCCCACUCCGCCCUGUGGGCUACAAUUCCAGGACAAGGAUUGGAGCGUUGAUAUUCCCGUUCCCAUUCCCACUGGGCCCACGGGUCUACGUAAACAUGUGGCUCCAAAAGUCUCAUCAGUAAUACCAGUUGAACACAGGAGAGCAAAAUCAACAGAGUUUAGCAACGAAGGACGGCCGUACCUGAAAGUCCUGCACCUCGCAGACCUGCACUACGACCCGAGCUACAGAGAGGGAUCCAGCACGAAAUGUGGAGCACCCAUAUGCUGUCAAGCCCAAAGCGGAUCACCAAUGACAGGCGAGGCAGGAGCGGGCAGAUGGGGCGACUAUGGACCGUGCGAUUCCCCCGAGAUUCUGGUGCGCAACAUGCUGGAGGACAUCCGUCGCCGACACAGCGACAUCGACUACAUCAUCUACACCGGAGACAGCGUGGCGCACGACCUCUGGAAACUGAGUCGUGAGAAGAACACUAAAGUUAUCAACAAAGUAGGAGAGCUUCUUAAAGAAUAUUUCCCGUACACCCCCAUCGUCGGGGCGCUGGGCAACCACGAGUCUUUUCCGCGAGACAGUUUUCCCCCACCCGAGGACGCCACAGUCAACCGGAAAUUCAGCAACUUGUGGCUGUACAACUUGAUGGCCGACCAGUGGCAGAGCUUCCUGCCCAACGUCAACAUCUCCACAGAAGCCAGGAUAUCAGGAUCGUAUUCUGUUCUAAUCCAACCGGGAUUCAGGAUCAUCUCGCUCAACACAAAUUUCUGUUAUAAAUUCAACUGGUGGAUCAUGUACAAAAACAACGAUCCCGGCAACGUGCUCCGCUGGCUGGUACGUGAACUGCAGAAGGCGGAGGACAAGGGGGAGUAUGUACACAUCAUCGCACACAUCGCCCCGCUCUAUGCCGACUGCUAUGAGCAGUGGCGAUACCAAUUCUCUAGGAUCGUUUCUAGGUUUUCUGGGACGAUCAGAGGCCAAUUCUACGGCCACAGUCACAUGACUGAGGUGCUGCUCAACUAUGACGUUAAUGACCCCAAGCGUCCCGUAGGAGUACAAUACCUCACCCCCAGCAACACGCCCUAUCACCGCCUCAACCCUUCAUACACUCUCUUCUAUGUCGAUGGCAGCCAUCCUGACUCGACACGAGCGGUGCUUGACUCGAACACUUACUUCCUGAACCUGACGGCGGCGAACGCCCACGACGACGUGACGUGGCAUCUGCUGUACAGCGCCCGCAGGGACCUCAGCCUGCGGACGCUCGAGGCGCCGGACUGGCACGACCUCGUCCGCAGGAUGGACAAAGAUCCUGAACUUACACGGAAAUUCCAUGCAUUUGCUGUGAAGAUGAGCGACGUUCUGAAGGACGAAUGCGACAAGAGCUGCAGACGAGUUAUUGUCUGCAAUAUGGUGGAGAGCGACAGAUUUCUGCCUAGAAAAUGCAAAAAUUCACGAUAAUAUCUAAUAUCUAAAUUUAUCAAUACAUUAUAUUAGUAUAAGUUUUCAAUAGCUUGUUAAUUAAAUAAAUUUCUGAUGAUCCCUCAAAGUAUGUUUAAAUAAAGAUGUACAUUAUUUUACCUCAAGUCUUACAAAAUGUACGGUACACCAUAAGAGGGGCAUGCCACUCUGCGGUUCAUCAUUACAUGCAAUAUGUAUAUUAAUGUUUGUGUUUGUUUGAUACUCUAUUUUACAAGUAUAUAGUUGUUAAUCGCGGCCUAUUGUAACUCUUUUUUAUCUGAAAGUUUAUUUAGAGUAGGAAAAUUCUAUGACAUUGCAAAACAGGGGUUUGAAUUAAAAAUCAAAAUCCAAUAUACUUUCAUAUGUCUAUAAAAAUUUAUAUUUUCAAUGUAUCACACAUUAACAAUUAUCUUUGAAUUUCAAUCAAGUGGGGGCAAGCUUUUUUUGUUGAAUGUGGGUUUGAACAGAUGUUUCUUCCGUAAAAUUUACAUUCGAUUAAGAAAUAUUAUUAACGACCUGAUUAAGCGGUUAAUGAAUCUACUAGUCCUAUAGUGCGUGUUCAGGAUAUGAGUCUUAUUGAGUGUCCAGGAAAAUGUAUCCAAAACUUUGUUACUAGCCCUCAAGUACAAGUUCUAGUGCUUAUUUAGGAUACAAGUCCUAUUGCGUGUCCAGGAUAUAAGUCCUAUAGUGAGUGUCCAGGAAACUGGAUCGGAAAAUGUUUUACUAGACCUAAGGUCAUGACAGUUACAGAAACAGUAGUUGCACAAAAAAAUGUGAGUUAAAAAUGAAUAAUUGUGAAUUAAAAUUGAAUAUGUAAUUUAGUUUCAAAAUGUAAUGGUUCCUCGAAUUCUCAUUAGGAGGUCAUGUUGCGGUUUUAUAUUAUCUGAGAAUUGCAGUAAGUCUUGAUUUUUCAGUCAGGAUGAAUUUGAUUUGAGAAUUUUUUGGAUGGCAGAAAAUAUGAGUUGAUAUGAAAAUUGUUAAGUUUCAGGGAUUCUCUAUUCCAAUUAAUGCCCAGGGAUUGUCUAUUUGAAAUGUUAGUCUGAGUCUGUUAGCUAUGAAUUUUUCGCCAUUGAAAGUUGAUAUAAGGGUGUGUUUCAUAUCUUCCAUAAUCAUUUCAGCUUUCUUAUAGCAAUCUAAGAAAUCAAAACAGUUCCAUCGGCUUAAUUACUUGGACAAGAUAGCAAGACAGAUUUUUUUUAAAUCAAAUAA